AGAAAAGAGAAGAGGGAGAAUAAUAAAUUAAAGUUCAUUGAUUCGUAGAAAUGACAACAGGUUUAACUACGCAUGGAUCAUGUUUACACAAGAUCAAACCUUGUCUUGAUGCACUCACGUGAUAUUGUUGUUUACUAAUAGAAGAGUGAUUCGUGGUGCCUAUUUUAUCAUUGCUUAGCAAAGUGAAUUAUAUGUACAAAAAUAUCAUGCUAACCGAAGAGAUUGAUUGGUACAGUCCAAAUCAAGUAUAUUUGUCGUCACAAGUGUGACUUGCUUUCUAUUUUUUAAACAGCAAAAAAAAAAAAAAAAAAAUGUACAUGUCAACUUAUGCUUUUCGAGAAACCCAAACACCACCACCACCACCAACGUAUCAGUGAAUUCCAAGCUGUUAUUCUUGCAGGUUUUGGUAGUAGUAAUAGACUCUACCCUAUUUCUGAAGAAGAAAACCUUCCUAAAGCACUUUUACCUGUGGGUAAUAAACCUGUGAUUUCAUAUACAUUAGAAUGGAUUGAGAAAGCCGGUAUUCAUGAUGUUAUUGUGGUGGUUCAGGCCACAGGCAAUGCUCCUCAAAAGUUAUCUGCCUAUCUUCGUACUUUUACAGGCAAUAUACAUCAUCAAGUCGUGAGUGUGGAUGAAGAAGAUGAAACAGCAGAUGUCUUGAGAGCCAUUAAGGAUAAAAUUGAUAGAGAUUUCAUUGUGGUUCCUUGUGAUCUGAUUACUGAAUUGAAUCCGCGUGAGUUCAUGGAUGCACACCGUGUUCAUGACCCUACAUUCAGUGCCUUAUUUUAUGAACCUGGUUUGACAGAUAGCAGUAAAGAUGAUGAUCUUUUGCCUUAUGUUGGUAUUGAUCCUACACAGAAUGCACUUGUCUAUAAAGCAACACGAUCAGAAGAUGAUGAUUUCUCUAUGCGUCUUUCUUUAUUAAACAAAUUUCCUCGCGUACGCGUCCAUACGGAUUUACAAGAUGCUCACUUGUAUAUAUUUAAACGAUGGGUGAUUGAUUUAGUAGCAGAUAAACCCAAGGUUACAAGCAUUUCAAAGGAUUUAAUACCUUUACUUGUCAAGUGUCAAUAUCAAAAACCAUUGGUCGAAAGAGAAGCCAUAGAGCAAUACAUGACCCAUAACGAUUUGUUUACCAAUGCACUUUCCAUGUCAACAACACAGUCUGAAUUAGAACAAUCCAUGGCUGUGCGAUCCUAUGUUCAUAUUUACCGUGGAGGAUUCUGUGGUCGCGGUAAUACAACAGCCAGUUAUAAUGAAUUGAACCGAUAUGCCACAAAACAAGGCAAUACGAUCAUACGCGUACCUUCUACUGCUGAAGUGGCACCUAGAACGCAAGUGGGUAAUGACUCUGUGAUUGGUGAAUAUACCAAGAUUGAUGAGCGAUCCUCAGUCAAGAAAUCAUGUGUGGGUGCUCAUUGUAUCAUUGGUAAAAAUGUCAAGAUUGCUAAUUCAGUCAUUAUGGAUCAUGUUGUGAUUGGUGACAAUGUUAAACUGGAUGGUUGUAUUAUCUGUAAUAAUGCACAAAUCCAUGAAAAGGCCAGUAUGAAGGAUUGUGAUGUUGCUGGUGGAUAUAUUGUGGAUAAAGACAGUCAACUAAAGGGUGAAAAGUUGGUUUCUUUUAGAGAAGCGAUUUAAAUAAUAAAAUUUGAUAUUUUAACCUAAUUUUUUUUGUUUUUUUUUGUUUUUUAAAAAUGUCUGGUAAGAUCAAGUAGAUGAUGGACUUUAUCUUAAUCAACUCUAGACGAACCCAAAUUUAUUGAAGGCGCUUCUAUUCACGGUCGUCAUCCACUUCACUUGGUGGAAAAGAUCAUUCGUGAACGUAUUCAAGGUUCACUUUACUGGAAAGAGAAAUGUUAUGGUCUAUCAGCUGCUACACUCAUGGACAGAGCUGUUGAAUUAGAAUAUAUUGGAGGAUUAUAUGGCAAUCAACAACCUACUGAAUUCCUUUGUUUGACACUCAAGUUAU